AUGCACAGCAAAGGUUACUAUGACAUCCUUGAAAAGCGGCAGAAGCUGCCAGCAUGGGAAGCAAGGAAAGAGUUCCUGAAACUCAUCAAGCGGAAUCAGACUGUGGUGCUGGUUGGCGAGACUGGCUCUGGCAAGACAACUCAGUUGCCGCAGUUUUUUGCUGAGGCUGGCUACCACAUGGCUGGCGACAAGCCUAAAGGCAUUGCGUGCACGCAGCCUCGGCGGGUCGCAGCCAUGAGUGUAGCACAGCGAGUGGCUGACGAAUUAGAUACAAUGCUGGGUGCCCACGUGGGAUAUCUCAUUCGGUUCGAGGACAAGACUUCCACAGAGACGAUCUUGAAGUUCCUAACGGUUGCUCGUCUGAGAGAGCUCGCGAUGACGGAUCCCUUGCUCACCAAGUAUAGUGUGAUCAUCUUAGAUGAAGCGCACGAGCGCACGCUUGCCACAGACGUCCUCUUCGGGUUGAUCAAGGAGGUCAUGAAACGAAGGCAAGACCUGAAGCUGGUGGUCAUGUCUGCGACGAUGGAUGCGCAGAAGAUGCAGGGGUACUUUGACAAUGCGCCAUUGCUGAACAUCCCUGGCAGAACACACCCUGUGGAGAUUUUCUACACUUCAGAGCCAGAAAGAGACUAUUUGGAAGCAGCCAUGAGAACAGUGGUGCAGAUCCACAACUCAGAGCCUGAAGGGGACAUCCUUUUGUUUCUCACGGGCGAAGAGGAGAUCGAGCAAGCGUGUCGACAGCUCCGGAAGGAGAGCUCGCGAUUUCCGGAGAAUGGCGAACUCGUGGCUGUGCCCCUUUACUCGUCCUUGCCUCCGCAGCUACAGCAGAAGAUCUUCGAGCCGGCGCCCGGCCCCCGCUUCGCCGGUGCACCGCCUGGAAGGAAAGUAGUUGUUGCUACAAACAUUGCAGAGACCUCCAUCACCAUUGAUGGCAUCGUCUAUGUGGUGGAUCCGGGCUUCGCGAAGCAGAAGGUGUACAACCCUCGAAUCCGCGUAGAGUCCCUGCUUGUGUCUCCUGUGUCGAAGGCCUCAGCUGCGCAGCGCGCGGGGCGUGCGGGGCGCACACGGCCUGGGAAAUGCUUCCGUUUGUACACGGAGAAGGCCUUCACCACCGAGUUGACGGAGCAAACCUAUCCUGAGAUCUUGCGAUCCAAUCUGGGCGUCGUGGUCCGAGCCUCAGAGAGAUCAAAGCGACUUCUUCGAAUGGGGCAGCUGGUCAUGUGGGAUGGGUGUGUCCGAAUGGGAAGUGUUCAGUAUUCCUGCAGCAAAGGGAUUCUGGUCUGGUUUUGCUACUUCAGAGGGAACCCGGAACCAAUGCAUGUGAAUCUAGUUCCUGACAUCCUUUCGCCAGAGUUCUUUGGGCUUUGCCCAAGACCUGCGGUUCCAUCGUACUUCAAGGUGCUCACCUUGAAAAAGCUGGGCAUUGACGAUUUGGUCCACUUUGAUUUCCUGGAUCCCCCAGCACCAGAGACGAUGAUGCGGCUCGCUCGCAUCGGGAACUGCGGCGGACGAUCCUCUCAGACUUGCGGGCCCAAAUUCAAGUGCAGCAACGAGAUUCUCUCGAUUUCCUCCAUGCUCUCGGUGCCAAAUGUCUUUGUGAGACCCAAGGAGUUUGGCAAGGAAGCGGAUGAUGCGAAGAACCGCUUCACGCAUUUGGAUGGUGACCACUUGACUCUUCUGAAUGUGUUUCAUGCGUACAAGCAGUACACGACGGAGGGUGCAGACCCGUCGCAAUUCUGCUACGACAGCUACAUCAACUCAAGGUCCAUGAAGUCGGCGGAGAACGUUCGUGAGCAACUGAAGAGGACCAUGGAACGCCUGCAGUUGCCAAUGGUGAGCACGGACUUUAGGGAUAAGGAGUAUUAUCCCAACAUCAGAAAGUGCCUAGUUGCAGGAUAUUUCAUGCAAGUUGCGCACUUGGAGAAGAGCAGCCACUACUUGACGGUCAGAGACAACCAAGUGGUGGCGCUACAUCCAUCCACCGGGAUUACUCACAAGCCUGAGUGGGUCCUUUACCACGAGUUUGUUCUCACUUCGAAGAACUUCAUCCGGACGGUGACCCAAGCUGCUUGGAUGAGUCGCAAAUCCCAGUGGUCUGCGGUCACAAGAGCUGAGAAGCUUUCCUAUACCAAUCCAAAUCCCCUGAAAGGCAUGCCCAAAUGCGCCCAACUACUUUAG